AUGGAGCAAAAAGUCCACUUCCUCCUUACCGCCCUUCAAUCGUCUGAAGAAGGCCCACGCCGUGCCGCAGAGGCAGAGUUGUUCCAACUCUACCCUGAAGAUAGCUUCCCGAUCGCCCUUAUCAAUAUUGCAGCUGCCAUAGAACUCGAUUUUACAGGUAGACAGGCAGCUAUUGUCUAUCUACGCUCCUUUAUCGAUGAAACAUGGACACCUCCACACGAUAAAUACACCGGCCCGCCUAUUAAGGAUGAAGUCAAGAACCAGAUCCGUACAUCGCUAUUACAAUUGCUCUCUGAUAAGGAACGAAAAAUAAGAGCUGCGGCUGCUUAUUCAGUUUCUAGAAUCGCUUCAUACGAUUUCCCCGAGGAAUGGCCUUCUUUGCUGCAAGAUUUGCUAAAUGCCAUUCCAACGGCGACUGAUGAGCAACUACACGGUCUACUUAAGGUUCUUACAGAUCUUGUCGAGGAUGGAUUCAGCGAAGACCAAUUCUUCCCGGUGGCCCGCCAACUUGUUGAGGUUCUGCAUCAUGUUGCUGUCUCCGAAAACCGCCCAACCAAUAUUCGAAGUUUGGCAGUGCAGGCGAUAAGAUCAUGCAUCGAGCUUCUAGAAAUGGUCAAGGACGGCCACCCAGGUCCGGUUGAGCAAUUCGCGACUGAAGUUGUCGGCGGCUGGAUGUCAUUCUUUAUUCAAAUACUAAAACAACCGUUCCUUCACUUGGCGGAUACGAACGUUGAAGAGUACAACGGGUUGGUUACUCUGAAGCUGCAAUCGUAUAAGACAAUCAGCAAAAUUGUCAGUGUUUUUGCAAAUACGAUGACAAAGUACAUGCCAGAGCUUUUCGAGGUUACUUGGUCUGAGCUUAAUGGAACGACGGAGAGAUAUGUCAAGGAUUUCGUCGUAGGGGAUGCUGAUGGCAGGCUUUCCAACAUCGAUGGUCUUCCAUUCACUCUUGACCUUCUUAUGCUCGAGGAAGCAGAUUUCCUCCAAGUUUGCUUACGUGCUAAGUCGGUAAAAGAGAAGUUCAUGCAGGGCCUCCAGGUAAACCAACAGCCGCUUGAGCAACUGAUUUAUACUUCCAUACUCCUAGCUCAAAUCACCGGAGAGGAUGAGGGGCUUUGGGAACUAGACUUUAAUGUCUUUGUUGCCGAGGAGACAGCCAUGACAGCGAAUUAUACAGCGCGAACAGCAGCUGGAGACUUAAUGAUGCGCUUGUGGGAUUGGUUACAAAGCCCCGUUCUGGUCUCGCUUUCGAGGUUUGCCGCCCAGGACCAGGCUAGCUGGAAAAUAGUAGAAGCAGCCUUUUACCUUCUAGAGCAGGCCAUUGAAAACGGUGAUGGCGGAAACACCUUUGCCCAGCUUAGUCCCGAUACUAUUGCCGGGAUAUUAUCGAAUCUCGAAAAGGCAUUGACGCAUGAAAACAUCUUCCUUCGGGCCCGAGGAUGGUUACUCGGAAGCAGUUUGACCGGUAUCGAAUCACAUCUUUUGUCCAGUUUCUUGAGUAAAUUCGUGCCAGCUUGCUUGCAGGCCACCUCAAACGAUGCAUCUGAUAUUGUUAAAAUAUCCGCUCUUAGAGCAGUUGAAAAUAUCGCGGAGAACACAAACAAAGAUGAUAUUCUUCGAUUCCAGGUUGACAUCGUGAUGAGCAUUGGUAACUUCCUUUCAAGCCAAUCGCCAGAAGAUCGGGAAGAAGCACAGGAUACGUUAUCCGUGCUUGCAAGUACACUUAAGGCGACAAUAAGGGUCGACCCACGUAUUGCUCUCGAUCCUUCGGCGCCGAUUUUCAAACUCAUCCUCAUGCUGGGCGAAAGUGGUGCAGCGAACAUCUAUCUUUCGAACCAACUCCAAGAGAUCAUUGAGGAUGUUACGGAAGGCCUUCCGGAUGACUUUGUUGGACUCUGCAAUCAGGCUGUUCCUCCGAUCGUUGAAAUCUUAGACCGUGAUUCAUACCAAGAGGACAACUCUUUCACAAACCUGGCCGCCGACCUCCUUAAUAUCAUGCUUCGAAACGCACCGGGAUCCCUGCCAUCAGGUCUCGUUGCAACAUUAGUUCCCCGUCUCGUUCAGUUCCUUAUGGUCUCGAGCGAGACACCUCUCCUCCAGGCUGGUGCAGAGUCAUUGAAAUCGAUUGUUGAGAAUGAUAGCGCACAGCUAUUACAAUGGCACGAUGAAAACGGAAAGUCGGGUUUGGAGUUGGUUCUUCUAGUUAUCGACCGUCUCCUUGGUCCGGAUUUAUCAGACUCGGCUGCCCUCGAAAUUGGAGGGUUGGCUGCGGAAGUCGUUGAAAAGGCUGCGCAAGAACUUGGCCCCUAUCUUCCCGUUCUACUGCGAGGGGUUGCCACAAGGCUCGCCACUGCUGCUGAACCAAAUCUCAUUCAGAGCCUUAUCGUGGUUUUCGCAAGACUAGUGAUCAAGCAACCUAGCGAUGUUGUUGAUUUCCUAGCCACAAAUUCCAUCGGGGAUAGAUCUGGUUUACAGGUCGUUCUCUCGGCAUGGCUUGAGAACUCUGGCGUCUUUAGUGGAUAUUCGGAAAUUAAGCAAAAUGUUGUCGCUCUGGCGAAUUUGUAUGCCUUGAAUGAUCCUCGAGUGGCGGCUAUUUCGGUACAAGGAGACCAGAUUGUAGAACAGACGACACGAAUCAUGACUAGAGCGCAAAGGAAGAAUAAUCCGAUUCGAUAUACUUCAGUUUCUGCACCAUUGAAGAUCAUCAAGGUUCUUGUCAAUGAGCUGGGAUCAGGAUCGCCUUCGAAUUCUACUUGGAAGGUUGAUAUGGCAGGGACAGCCAAGGGGGCGAUCGAAGAGCCUAUUGAAGAGGAAGAUGCGGAGUGGGAGGAUGACGAUGAUGUGAUUGACUUGGGUAGCCAUGCAGUCAAGCAGGCCCUGUUGGGACUUGGAGAGGAGACUGAGAGAUCUGCGUCGGGACUAAGAAGGGGCGGUGAUGAUGAUACAACAGCAUUUAUUGUCAACUUCUUUAGGGAGGCAUCGAAUAAUAAUAUUGGGGGAUUUAAUGAGAUCUAUGGACAGCUUACCGAUGACGAGAAACAUUCGUUAUCGAAAUUUGUCGGAUGA